ACUAAGUCAAUUUGUACAUUAUUACAUUUUAUCGGAAUUUGAUAGAUUAUGUAUUUAUAUAAUAAUAAUUGUAAAGAAUUAGACGAAUUUAAUACUUUGCUUAAAAACUUUUGGAAUGUUAUAAAACUUGAAUUUGUUGACUUCAACUUUCAUUGUUAUGUAAAAUAGUGAUAUUCAAAUUAAAAACGGAUUAAAUUUGCUCGGGAUUUAACAAUAACAAUAAAUAAGUUCCAAUUAAAAAAGUUACGAGUGUAGUUGUGUUUAAUAUAAUCACGUGUUCUACUUUAGUAUCAGUUUCGUUGUAUCACGUGAAAGAGGUCAAAAAAUAAAUUUCAUUUUAAUUUCUUAUCAAUGACAAAGAAAUAGGUAUCAUUUGCAGGUAAUGCUAAAUAUUAAAAAGUGUCAUAAGAAAGAACGUUUAUAAUCUUGGUAUAGCCAAGGUAAUUUGUAAAUUCUAAAAUUUAGAUUUUAAUAAAGCGAUGAAUGCCGCUAUUGCCUUAUGUACAUUUUGUGAAAUACAUGGACCUAAAGUAAUAUUUACUACGCAAACUUAUCGCAAUUAUGAUAAUCAAACUACAGAAAAGUUAAAAUUUUAUGGACCAAAAGAAAUAUUAAAACAAGCGCAGACUACAAUAGAUGAAGGACAACAAGAAUGUGAAGGUUGUCAAAGUAUUAAUAAUUUAAAAUACUUGAGUAAUGAGCAUGAUACCAGAACAUCUUUUUUAUCUGCUCAACAACCAUUGACUCAAGAUAUUGAAAUUUUAUUAAAACAUGCAUGCAUCAGGAGUCUUAGUUGUGAGGUACAUCCAGGCAAAGAAGGUGUUUGCUAUUUUGGAGAUGAAUACAGAGGGCAUGUUUUAAGUCGUACUUUUACAUUAAAAGAUGCCCAGGCAAGAGGCUUUCGCAGAUGGUGCAGCUUUAUUGUUUUUAUGAGGGAUAAGCAGUUUUUAUUGAACAUGUGGCCAUUUUUAAUUGAUAAUCUAAGAGAGGUCAUUAGAGAAUUACAGGACUGUGCAGAAAGGAAAUACAAUAUUGAAGAAGCUGAAUGCCCACAAAGAACAAUGCGUUUGACUACAACAAAUAGCAGCUCAGGCUCCUGUCAUAAUUCAACAAAACAAGUUAGAGCACUUAGCAGUAUAACAAAUGAGAAGCAUGUUUAUGUCAGAAUCCACAUGUGGCUUGUAUGGAUCCUUAGUGCAGGUGCUAGACAUUUUAUAGAAAUUUUACCAAUGAGUUUACUAGAUAAAGAACUUAAUUACAAUUUAGAACAUCGUAUAGAAACUGAAGAAGGAUUCACUUUGGUUAAUACAAAAUUACCCGUAAAUUUGAACUUAAAUACAGAAGAAUCUCAAACAUCAGAGUUUUCUGAGAUUUCAAAUAAUGCUGCUAUUCUUAUUUUAAGAAAUUUAAAAAAGAUAAUUGGCAAAGAUCAAUUCAGACAAUUAUUAUACUCUAGUUUAACUGGCAUUCAAAUUUUGGUGAGAGGUCCAAAAACUCAAAGAAUUGAAUUAUUACAUGGAUUAAGUUCACUAGUACCAAGAGCAUGUAGAAGAGUACAUACACAAGCAGUAGAAUAUCUGGAUCUAAAUAAAUAUAAUUUUAUUGGAGUGGACACAUCUGUAGCUGUACCUUUACCAUCUCCAAAUGUAUGUAGAUUGGAUAUUAUAGCUGAUGAACAUAAAGUUGAAAAUACACCAUCACAUAUAGUUAAAUGGACUGGUUUACUCCCAUUAAAACUUCCUACAUUGUUAGUAAAACUUGAAAAAUCGUUGGAAGAUGAAAAACUUGGAAAUUCUGUUCUUAAGGCACACUUUAUUGCUUUACAGAAAGAAUGGGCAAAUAUUGCAAGGGUUGUUCAUGCAAUGCGAGGCAGAGGUCAUCGUGGAGAUCUUUCUGGUCUCAUGCUUAGUUUAGGUGCUGGCCCUCAUGAUAAAAAAUUGUUAGAUGCAUGGUCUAUGGGUUUACCAUCAAAUCCUGCAUAAUUUAUGUUUUGAAAUUGUAUGAAUUGUAGUAUACCAUUGGGAUACAAACA